AUGAAGUCCCCAAUUUACAUCUUGACAGCUCUCCUCCCCAUUGCUGUGCAAGUCGCAGUGGCAGCCCCAUCUGCAGAGCCAGCCGAUGACCUCGAGGAGAGAGGCAAUGGCGGUGGCCAUGGUGGCCACGGCGGAGAUCGUGGCCAUGACCGUGAACAUGACCGUGACUAUUGCGUUGUGAAGAAGCCAUACUCGUACCACAAGUAUCCCUGUAUGUCGAGUGGUAUUGUUGGUGAGUCCAAGGUUGGCGACAAGUUCCAGCCUGUGUGCAAAUACCAGGACUGGUACCAGAACUCCAAGGGAUGGUGGGUUCAGGAGGGUUACAAGCCUUAUCGUUGCGAGGUCAACCCUCCUCAGUGCUCCUAG